AUGAUCCAAAACGGGUUGAUCAAAGACCAUCCCAACGUAGUCUACGACUACAACAUGAGGAUAUAUUUGCAUAAUCUAUUGCUCAAACUAGGCCGACGAUUAAAUGUGCGACAAGUUGCCGUGGCCACUGCCGAGAUAUACUUGACUCGUUUUUUGACUCGGGUCAGCUUGAAAGAAGUCAAUGUGUACUUGCUCAUCACCACGUGUCUUUACGUUGCAUGCAAGAUUGAAGAGUGUCCUCAGCAUAUCCGGCUCAUUUUGCUGGAAGCCAGAAACAUUUGGCCCGAAUUCAUACCCCAGGACGUCACCAAACUUGCCGAGUUUGAAUUUUAUUUGAUCGAGGAAAUGGAUCUGUUUUUGUUGUUGCAUCAUCCUUACAAGUCGUUGAUCCAAUUGCGGAGCUACCUUGAUCUCAAGUACGACACCUAUGGGUUCAGAUUGAGCGACGAAGAGAUGCAAAACUCGUGGAGUUUGAUUAAUGAUAGUUAUAUCACCGAUCUACAUUUGUUGUUGCCCCCUCAUGUCAUCGCCGUGGCGUCGAUUUACAUUGCCAUUGUCUUGAAGAAAAACUUGGCCCAGAUUCGAAAUAAGAGCAGUAGCGAUGGCAGCGGAUCGGCACUACACACGAAUUCUAGAGGCUCAGCUUCUAGCUUGGGUGUUGUAUUGGGCAAUUUACCUGAAGGUGGAUUGGGAACCAGCUCAGAGAACAACCCUUACAAUAGUGAGGGCGGUAAUGGAAGUGCCAUGAAUGACAACAAGGAGUUGAACAUUGAUGAGUUGAUGAAUAUGAGGAGCAGUAAUGGUCAUGGAUCCAAGGCUGAUACCUCGCCUAUGAAGAGUAAUGAAGUGGGAGAAACUUUUUUGCAACAACACCAACACCCGCAACAACACCCGCAGCAACACCUCCAACAACAACAACAACAACAACAACAACAACAACAACAACAACAACAACAACACCACAACCACAACCACAACCAGCGACAACAGUCGCAGUCUCAGCUGCACUCGCAGUCGAAUUCUCACGAGCCACUGCCUCAAAAGAGUAGCAAGGGCACAAGUGCUCAGGACUUGGUCAAUUUCGAAAUGGACAUUUUGGACGAAGAUACAAUCCGAAUCCACAAAUUUAUGAAUUUUUUGGAGCACUCGCAUAUUAAUUUGGAUGAGGUUGUUGAAGCUGUGCAAGACAUGAUUAAUACUUAUGUUUUGUGGAAUCGCUAUAAUGAACAGUUGGUGAAAAAGGCGCUACGGAUGAUGCUACUUAGACGAGCAUGA